UGUAGUCGUGAGGUAGAUGGCGGUGGUCCGAAGGUAGAUUCCUGUUAGAACCAUGAUGGCGCGUUGCAUCAUGGGAAUAUGAAAGCAGCCAGCCAAGCACCGCAAAGGUUUCUGGGACGGCGGAGUAGGAAACCAUAUUUUUCAGUGUGCAACCACUUAUAAGACUGUGGUGAGUGCAGUGCGAGUGAACACAAUAAUAAUAAAGUACCGAAGGCGAUGGUGUCGUCCGAGGAAGGGAUUUGUUAGUCUGAAAGGGACCAAGAGGAAAGAGUGACGCGCCAAUUGGACUGUGUUUUGUUUUCCCGAUACAUUACAUUACAUCUACGCACACCGUACACAAGAUUAAGUGGGCCCCGGAUAGGAAGGAUCUGGAAAAGGAGUAUCAGUAUAUAACGCGACGCACGGCGACCAACAACUUGCUGGCAGGUGUUAGAGUUAGAGUUUUUUUUUCCUCCCCGGUGCUUUAAUAAUAGACCAGAUUCCGAGGCCUUAAGGAAGGAGUCUCAGCAGAGCAGAGCAGUAGUCUUCUUGGAGAAGAGGAGCUCUCCCUGCGCCUCCGAAAAUCCGCGUUUACAUAACACACACGCACAUACAUACACACAAACACGAAUACAGAAACACAGAGAUAGAGAGAGAGAGAAGAGACAGAGGACUUGGGUAAAAGUGAUUGUGAUGGUAAUUAUCGAUAAUCGUAAUAUCCCAGGAGAAAUUACACCGACAUGCAGAAGCUUAUGAAGUUUUGGUGUUUGAACAGUGGCUCGGAAAGUGGGCCGAUGAUAUGCAGGCAUUAUGGCGGGGAAGCCUGAAUUAUCGGCAGCCCCCGGAAUCCAGAAUGUCGUAGUGUACGUGUCUAAUGAUAACAUCGCGCAAGCUUACACAGUCAACCAGCAGAAUGUCGGGCCCAGCGUGCACCAGCACCAACAGCAGCCGCAACCUCAACACCAUCACCAUAACAACGGAGGCUACCAGAGCCAUACAGUGGCCCCCCUGGUGCCGACGAAGGGUUUCCCACCGGAGAAGCUGUCCCACAGUAACGGACAGCAGCAGCAGCAACACGCAGUGGCCGUGGAGGCGAACAGUUUCAGCAACCAGGCGGGUUACUUUACUACCAAUCAAGCUGUGAUAAGUCAGAACGGGUUCGCGUCCCAGCCCGUUGUGAGUAAUAUAAGUUAUAGCAAAGGGCUACCGCCGGAUGGCCACCAUCACCAUAGCCACAACCACAACAACCACCACGCGAAGAACAACAACAACGCGUACCAUCACCAUCAUCUGCCCAUUAAUAACGCCGAUAUUUUGGUGCAGUCGGACCGGCGGACAGAUGUUGUAAAUAGUAAAGAGUGCAGUAGUGAGUACGAGUCCGGCUACGUAGUGAUGGGUGGUGAAGGCGCCUCCUCAGUGCGUUGCGAUUCCGUUCGUUCCGAGGCCGCCGAGUCCAGCUGUAGCAGUCUCAGUUCUGCCGACGAGGGAAUGCUGGUUGUCCAACAGCAGCAGCAGCAGCAACAGCAACAACAGCCUGACAUGGUGGUCUACGAUAAUAAUAGUACUAGUGUGAAUGUGCGACAUGGUGUUGUUGUGGCUGUGGCCGGUGGUGGUUCGCAUCCCAGUGCCAGUGGUGCUACUGCCCAUCUAGGAUCCGCCGUCUCCGCAGUCCCUCUUCAGCAGACGGUGGCUGCGGCCGUGCCCCACGGCUGGAAGAGACUCUCCACCAACGGCGGGAUCAUCUACAUCAGGUGAGUCACGAGCAUCCGUCCUUCUUUCCAUUCUCAUCCCGAAGAACAGAGCAGAACGUACGAAACGAGAAAAGCAAAAUAAAAGAAAAGAUCAUUCAAACUUCGGAUGCAGGAUUUACGACCGACCUCGCGAACAAUGCCAGGAAAGCGCAGCUGGAACUUCUAUUUUUAACCCGGAUGUGCACAAUGCCCAGAGUAAUCUCCGGGAAACUACAAAAAAUAAUACAUAAAAAAAAAGAAGAAAUCAUUGCGCGCAUAAUGCCGAACAACAAUAGAAUUUAAGGUAAAACGUGCUAAAGGUGGCAGCAGCAGCUCGCCAAGGAUACAUUUGCAAUUUGCCUCGGCUAAUAACCGCGGCGGCAUGUUGUUGAAAUCCGUUGCGCAACAAACAAAUAUGGAUGGAAACGUUUCAAUUAGUCGCUGGAAAAUGCUAACUAUCCAUCGCCGAAGGUUACGACCCAUAUUUCGUCCUCCCUCCCGAAUCGAUAACAUCCUCAUUUACAAUUCCGCAACGCUAUUAAAUUAUAUGUGGUUUCUUGUGUUGUUUUGAUGUUCUCGGACGGAUGAUGAAUCGCUCUGUUUUGUAGUCGUUCAUGAUGCGACAUGCAAAGGAAUUAAGCCAUGAAUAAUAAAAGCAAAUCGAGAAAUGGAGAUUAAAAAAGGAGCGCACACGAAACAAUUACUACCUUAUUUAAUUUUCGGAUUCCGCAAUUAAUUUGCGAACGCUUUUAAUUGGCAAUAAAACGCCAACUGUGACCCAGUUUUCCCAAUCAAUCCGAUUAAGUGAAUCGAAUUAGAUGGGAUACCUAAGAAGAUACACGCCGUAAUUAAAUUACUACAAUUUUAAAAAACGAUACGACAUGAUUUCUAUUUAUUCUACCUGAAAAGUUAUGUCAGAGACCCUCAGGCAAUGUUCAGGUAUUUAUUACGCAUAAAGAAAUAAAACCUUGCUUCGACUAUCUAUUACAACAACAGUAAAACAAAAACUGUACAAGUUUCAUCAA